GGCACAACGCGGCGAAUAUUAUUAUAAAGUUGUAUAAUAAUUUUUAUUUUUUAUUCAUUUUAAAGUUCGUUUUUUUGUGUUUUAUUUUUUUUUUGUUUGAGUGAAUUGGACGGGCGUAUAUAUUUUUUUUGAAAUAGAGAGGGCGGUUUUUUAAAAUUAUUUUAUAUUAUAAUUCUUUGUGUUAAGUUAUUGGAGGUUGUUCGUUGAAGGGAUUAAGAGAUUAAACCAUGACCCUCCUAAACAUAAGAAAAUCCCCAUUAUACCCUUACGUUUGCCUCACAACCCUUUUCGCCCUCCUCACGCCAUACGUCAUAACAGCAGCCCCGAGUCUUCACUCCGCUCAACCCAAACAGACAAAAACCGAUUUUGAAAAAAGUUUGGAAAACUUCUUGGGCGCUUACUACGAAAAUAUGCUACCUGAGGGUGUCUCGUUGGGUUCGAAACGGGUCGGAGAAGGUAAUGAUGGCGAGAUGCAGAGUGAUCAACCGGCGGAAGAUCAAGGGGGGAUGGUUAGGAGUAGCAGUUUGGACGAUUUAAAUAAAACCAAAGACAAGGUCAAAAGGGAGAUGGACGCAAGGUUACGUAAAGAAAAUUGGGUAGAGUAUCUGAAGAAUCACAUUUUAAGUCAAAUCGGACGCACCGGAAACUCUUCCGGUUAUGCAAAGCCGCCCGAGGGACCACCCCUGGAGGAUUUUAAUAUCACUCAGAUCAUACCGAAGAUUUUAAAUAGUACCACGUUUGAGGACGAUCAAAUCGCCGAGAAAAUUCGAAGUUUCUAUCCUUCAUGUGAACAGUCAGGACAACCAACCCAACCGGCAGAACUAGACCACUGGCGUGAUUCCGAAGAUGUUAUGAACUUGUUUUUCAAUUUCGAUUAUCCCACCGAACAAAGUAACAGUAAUAUCGCCACGGCCACUUUACGACUAUAUAGGCUGCCUCAGAACCAUACAGCCAAAGUGGAGUCUACCAAAGAUGACUGCAAAAAUUCCGAUAGUGCCGAGGAAGAGAAGCUUUUGAGAGUCUCCGUUUAUUGGUACACAAAGUUUCAGAAGAAGAAGCGAGUAAAACGUCGUCUGUCUGACAGCAAAGUGAUCCCUGAAAACUCCAGAUGGGUGGAGUUGAGUGUUAAACCAGCUACGAAUGCCUGGAGCAGGGCUGGAGCUAAAAAUUUGGGACUGGGAGUGUUAGUGGAAGACCAGGAGGGAAAAACUCUGCCAGCGGACAAAUAUUUUAAAGGAGCUUCAUGCACGGUCGGAGUUUCCACCCCAAAACCGAUCCCCACCAUCGUACGAGACGCGUCCCACUACCAAACCGACCAACUUGACCGAAUUCAUAGCCUAUCUGGAAGAAAUUCAACGUCAGCCAUUCAUAGUGACGUACUACUGCUCCCAACCAUAGACAUUUGCUACCUAGAACUGCCCGAGAACGCCGACCUCUAUCAAAUUAAUAGCGCCCGCAUAAACGCUUGUAACCUGCGGAAAAUCCACGAGGAAAACCAGCGAAUCAUCGAGAGGGAACAACUGGAACGGUUGGCCACCCUGCAGUACGGCCCCAGACAUAUCAGACAUCAACGGCAACACCGGCAAAGCGGCCUCAAGAUGGAGGACGUGGAGAAAAUGACAACGUCGCCCGGAAUGAAGAGGGAAUUAACCGAGUUGGAGAACACCUUGCGCAGGAGCAUGACCAAUCAACAAAUUAUUCUUACCAGGGAAGAGCUGGAGGAGUUUAAGAAGAAAUUUGCCUCGUUACGGCGAUAGAGGGAUAUUAGAGUAAGAUGGUUAGGUGUUACAUACAUUCUUGGGGACAGUUUUAAAAUGGACGAUUUUAAGGUUUUAAUGUGAAAUUUUUAUAAUUUGAGGAUUCACUUUUAAACGAUUUCUUAUGGGUGAUCGUUUUUUCGCCCAAUAGGAAUGAUUUUUUUAUAACUAAUUGACGGGCUUAAAUGCAAGGGUAGAAAUCUAUAGCCAUAUUAGAUUAGGUAAUAGGAGCCGGGGACAAAAUUGAAGGCACAUGAAAAGGUCUUACUUUGUUUAUGACAAGAGGGAAAAAGUAAUCAGGUUGAUUUCUUCAGGAAUCAUUAAGGACAUAUAAAGAUAUGUAAAAAAGGUACAUAUCGAAAACUAAUGUAGCAUAUUAGCAUGAAGAUUUUGAGUCAGCUGCAACCUCAGCAUUUAAAUUUAAAAACAAAUUUAAUUCAAGGAAUAAUGGUCCUAUUAAUCUUUUAUUGAUGCCCAUACAGUUACCAUUUCAUAAUGCUGAGAAUAACUUUCCCCAAACCACUUGUGGAUUUUCAGGUGCCCAAUACGUAAAAUUAUGCCUAUUUACUUGUCCAUUCAAAUAACAAGUUUCCUUGUCUGAACUAUCACUCAUAGUCAUUUUAUAAAAAUGCACUUUCCUUCUUUCAUCAUUUUCUUAUAGUCGCUUUAUUAAUCCUAUUAUCUAAAGCAAGCUUGAUAUUACUCGUAACUAAAGGGUACUUGAGAGAUUCGGAUUUUCAGUUAAUGAAACCAGGAUAUCCAGUUUUUUAUCGUUAGGAAUGCCAGUCCUUCACGGUCUGCCAAGAUCUUUAACAGUUCCAGUCUCUCUCCACUUAGGCUCGAUUGAAUGCAUACGUAGUUAUGCAUAACGCGACCAAGAAAACACAAUUAAGUUUCGAAUGCCCUUAAAAAUCGAUAAAAUCUAAUACAUAUCUAAUUUUUGCAAGCUAUAUCCAAGACACUAUUUCAAAUUAUACUAUGUAAGCUUUUAGCAAAAAAUAAUAAAUUUUAGAAGUUAUGAUAAAAAAUGUCACCUAGUCUGGUUAUGCUUUUUUACUUAUUAUUAGGUUUUUUAUUUUACAAAAUUGAACCACACGCCAAACUUGUCGCGUUUAUGCAAUGCCACGUAUUUUCUUUUUAGACUAUAUAUUUCGACUAUUUUUCAUUAAGGUAGUUUAUGAACAGAUGAAAAUUUUGUUAGGAACACCGACUUAAAAUGAAAAGUGACUAUUUAAAACCCUUACAGAUCUUUUAGAAAAUUCUGUGAAAGCACUUUUUAUUUUAAAGUAAAAAAAAAUAUUACAGUAAAACUAAACCACUUUAUUUACUAACAUAAUAAGCUAAGCAAAUUACAACUGCAUAGGUAUAUCAUACCUUGAAAUACUUC